AUGGCUCCAUUGCGAGUGCAGUUUGCUUCUGUUGCUGCUCUGAUGGCAGCACACCUGUCCUUCGCGAAUUGCGAUGCAAAUGAACAACAGAGCAUUGUGGAAGCUGAAAAGCCAGAGUCUCCGGACAUGGGUGGAUUCUUUGGUGGCGGGUCGCUUGCAGAGCUGGAGAAGCUUUUCCAGCAGUCCAUGUCGUCUCUCUUCGGUGUGCUGGGCCCAAUGGGUGAUAUGAUGCAGCCAGUGGGGGCGGAUUUGUCGAUUUCCCCCCAGGAAGGUGACGAGCGGACAUGCCAAUUCCGAGUUAAGAUGGGUGACAACAGCGUCUCAAUGAACAGCGUCACGUUUGGAAUGGACUACAACGGGAAAUAUCUGUCGGCGAGUAUCCACCGUGAACAGACGCGCAAGGAGCACGGGGAGAAGAGCGAAAGCCUCUUCUCCCGCAGCUUCCAUGUUCGCAGUACGGUGCACUUGCCCGAAAGGUGCAUUGCGACUCCUGGGGUGCUUCUUGCAAGCCUGGCGGGAUAUAUGGUGAGCUCGAGCGGGUCGGAGGCCAUGGUUGUGUUCCCAUCCUCCGUGCUGUUGAGCGAGGGGGUCGAGAAGGGCUUGUUGCCGGACAACAUUGCAGAGAGUGUUUCGAGGGGGGACCAACGCAGCAUCAAGGAUCUGACGGCAUCUCAGCAGUGCCUUGCUGCGGGGUUCACCGAGGAGCAGUGCAACAAGUUGGGGAACAACAAGCCACAGGUGUCCUUGGUGAAACCCACGGAAGGCGGAUAUGUGCCCGUUCCCCGUUUCGAUGCUGAACUGGAUCUGCUGAUCUGA